AUGGCAGCUUUUCUGCUGGGAGCUGUGUUGCUUAUUGUUCAACCUCAGAUAGUGCCUUCCAGACCAGCUAUAAAUUCAAAUGCUGAGACUUCUUCACAGUCUGUUCAGAGAGAGCUUUUAAAGAAAACAUCUCAGAAAAAUGACUUCAAGGAAAACAUUCAUUCUAAUGGAUCAUGUCAGCAGCUGCCACAGACUAUUAUUAUUGGAGUGAGAAAAGGUGGAACAAGAGCUUUGUUAGAGAUGUUGAGUCUCCAUCCAGAUAUUGCAGCAGCAGAAAGUGAAGUUCACUUCUUUGACUGGGAAGAUCAUUACAGGAAUGGAUUGCAGUGGUAUAUUAAUCAAAUGCCAUUCUCGUAUCCCCAUCAGAUCACUGUGGAAAAGACUCCAGCAUAUUUCACAUCACCUAAAGUGCCUGAAAGAGUUUAUAACAUGAACCAAUCAAUGAGACUACUCCUUAUUUUAAGGGACCCAAGUGAGAGAGUACUAUCAGAUUACACCCAAGUGUUCUACAACCACAUGCAGAAGCACAAGCCGUACCCAUCCAUUGAACAGUUCCUGAUUAAAAAUGGUGAACUCAAUCUGGACUACAAGGCAAUAAACAGAAGUUUAUACUACAUUCACAUGCAGAACUGGCUGAAGUAUUUUCCUCUUGAUCACAUCCACAUUGUAGAUGGGGAUAAACUAAUCAAAGAUCCCUUUCCAGAAAUAGAAAAGGUGGAGAGAUUUCUGAAGUUAUCACCGCAGAUAAAUGCUUCAAACUUUUAUUUCAAUAAAACUAAGGGCUUCUACUGCCUGAGGGACAGUGGCAGAGAGCGCUGUUUACACGAGUCCAAGGGACGAGCUCACCCACAAGUAGAUGCCUGGUUACUGGAGAAGCUGCAGGAGUAUUUCCAUGAACCCAACAAGAAGUUCUUCAAGCUUGUGGGCAGAACAUUUAACUGGCACGCAUUUGUGGCAAGUUAG